AUGCGGAGGCCGCCUACGCGGUGCCCCCGCCUCACUGGCGUGGCCCGCCCAACACUCACCGCGUCUCGUCGCAUACAGAGGCUAUCCAUUGUGCUCGUGCAGUCCCGCCGCAGCUUCUCAUCAUGCUCACAAUGCUGUCCUACCUCCUCCCAGUUUCAUCGUUCCGACUUUACUAGCCAGCCGUACACAGGCAGCUAUGAGUCCGGCGCCCCGACCUCGGGACCUCUGGGUUCCGCGCCAGCCUUCGGAGCCCCGCGGUUGACCCCGAAAGUGCUGAAGCAAUACCUCGACCAGUUUGUUGUCGGCCAGGACAGGGCGAAGAAGGUGCUCAGCGUGGCUGUUUACAACCAUUACCAGCGUAUCCAGGAGCUGAACCGGCGUGAGGAGGAAGCGGCGGAGUUGAUGGCUCAGCGAGCGCGGAGAGAGUCGGCCGAGACUUUUCCUUUGGAAGGUGAAUUUCCCGGCCAGCAACGAACGAUCCAGCUAGGAGCACCCCAAGACCAUCCCUCCUCUCGAUUCUCCGCAACACCGCUUGUCGAUGACUCGCCAUUACAACUGGAAAAGUCCAACAUCCUAUUGCUGGGCCCUUCGGGUGUGGGCAAGACCUUGAUGGCGAAGACGCUAGCUCGAGUCUUGGACGUACCGUUCAGCAUGUCGGACUGCACACCAUUCACCCAGGCGGGAUAUAUUGGCGAAGAUGCUGAAGUGUGCGUGCAUCGAUUGCUCGCCGCUGCCAACUACGAUGUCGAGGCGGCGGAGCGUGGAAUCAUCUGCUUGGACGAGGUGGACAAGAUCGCAACCGCCAAGGUCAGCCACGGCAAGGAUGUUAGCGGUGAAGGUGUACAACAGGCUCUCCUGAAGAUUAUCGAGGGGACCACUGUCCAAGUCCAAGCAAAGCCAGAGAGAGGCGCGUCCCGUGCGGGUGGAGGUGGCCCAUACUCAUCUUCGGCUGGCUCCGGCCCACCGCCGGCGAAGGGCGAGGUAUACAAUGUUCGAACCGACAAUAUCCUGUUCAUCUUCUCAGGCGCGUUUGUCGGGCUCGACAAACUGAUCAUGGACCGCAUCUCAAAGGGGUCGAUCGGAUUUGGACAACCCGUUCGGGCGUCCUCGACGUCAACGGACAGCCGCGGUUUCGGGCAGUCUUCUAAUAAAGCACCAAUUCCUGUUCUGCCUGGAUCAGAAGAGGAAGCACUAUACAAGAAACACCUCCCGUUUUUCACAUCUGCCACCCCGUCUUCUCCUGACGAGGAGCCCAUCUAUUUCAACCCUCUCGAUCUUCUAACGCCUGCCGACCUGCAAGCGUUUGGCUUCAUUCCUGAGCUAGUGGGCCGGAUUCCUGUUACCACCGCGCUCUCCCCGUUGACACACUCUUUGUUAUUGCGCAUCCUGACUGAACCGCGCAACUCUUUGGUUGCCCAGUACACGACCCUCUUUUCUCUAUCUGGCAUUGAGCUCCGCUUCACGACGCCUGCGCUGCACAAAAUCGCCGCCAACGCCUUGGCCAUGGGAACAGGGGCACGUGGGCUGCGGACCGAGCUGGAGACCAUUCUCAGCGACGCCAUGUUCGAGACGCCGGGCUCGAGCGUCAAGUUCGUGCUGGUCACGGAGGCGGUGGCGGAUCGCAAGGAGAAGCCCAUCUACCUGGGCCGGGGUCAGGGAGGCCGGUUCCACUCGAUGAUCGCGGCGGAAGAAAGCGAAUGGGAAGAGAAGAUGCAGCGUGAGAGGGCGAAGCAGAAGAAAGGCGGCAGCGUGUCCAGCUUCGAGGAAUACCGCAAGAACGCGACGACCGCGAUGGGCGGUGGCAAUUAG